GCCUCUAGUCUCCUGGAUCAGAUCGCCGCACCCUCAUGUUGCUUGUCCAUAGCUUGAAGAAGACCUUAUCGCCCCCGGAUACUAUUCUGGAGGACAUUAUGGGCCUUGUCGUAUAUCAUCCUGCUCCCCUCCGCUGUAUUGUUGUCUGCGUAUUGAGUCUGAAGCUAAGAAUGCGCUUCUGCAUCCUCUUGGUACUGGUUUAACUCCUUUGCAAGCUUUGAGCGCUCCGUAGCUGUGUCCACGAUAACCACCAGGGCUACCUUCACGCCCAUCUUCUCGAGUUAAUCAGCCAUACAGCGGGUAAU